GCCUUCGCAUUCUGGCGCUCACCCAGGUCUGUGGCAGUACUGGGAGCCUGCAGCCAGAGCAUCCCAAGAUCUGCCUACCUCGGACCCUGAGGCAGACCUACAUCCGGAAGGUUGGAGACACCGUGAACCUCCUCAUCCCGUUCCAGGGCAAGCCCAAACCUCGGGCUACCUGGACGCGCGAUGGCCGCGCCCUGGACGCCAGUCGUGUGAGCGUGCGCAGCGGGGAGCGAGACUCCAUCCUCUUCAUCCGAGAAGCCCAAAGAGCAGACUCGGGUCACUACCAGCUCUGCGUGCAGCUGGGUGGGCUGGAGGCCACCGCCACCAUCAACAUCCUGGUGAUUGAGCGGCCAGGCCCUCCUCAGAGCGUUAAGUUGGUGGACGUUUGGGGCUUCAACGCCACCCUGGAAUGGACACCCCCCCAGGACACAGGCAACACGGCCCUCCUGGGCUACACUGUGCAGAAGGCGGAGACAAAAUCCGGGCUGUGGUUCACGGUGCUGGAGCGACACCACCGCACCAGCUGCGUGGUCUCCGACCUCAUCGUCGGCAACUCCUAUGCCUUCCGGGUCUUCGCUGAAAACCAGUGUGGGCUCAGCGAGACGGCCGCCAUCACCGCCGACCUCGCCCACAUCCAGAAGGCAGCUACUGUCUACAAGACCAAGGGGUUUGCACAGCGAGACUUCUCGGAAGCCCCCAAGUUCACCCAGCCACUGGCAGACUGUACUACCAUCACGGGCUAUGACACCCAGCUCUUCUGCUGUGUCCGCGCCUCCCCCCGGCCCAAGAUCAUCUGGCUGAAGAACAAGAUGGUUAUCCAAGGCAACCCCAAGUACAGAGCCCUCUCUCACUUGGGCAUUUGCUCCCUGGAAAUCCGCAAGCCUGGGCCCUUCGACGGAGGUGUCUAUACCUGCAAGGCGGUGAACUCCCUGGGAGAGGCUUCCGUGGAUUGUCAGGUGGAUGUGAAAGCACCUCCGGGAAGCCCGACGGCAGCGCGAGUGUUCUCAAGGAGCUUCGGCACAGCGUCUGGUUUGGGCUAACCUAAAUAAAUGUGUGGCUCCCCAG